AUGGCACGACGAUUGAAGGUGACCACCACCAUUCUCUCUGUCACUGCACCUGGGCCAGCCAUUGAGCCUGAUGUUUCUAAAGCCGCCGCCCUAGCGCGGAGCUGCAAUGAAUCAGCUGCUGCCAUUCGGGAUGCUCAGCCAUACCAGUAUGGCUUCUUCGCCUCGGUCCCCUCCCUGUUCGACACGGAGGCCGUACUAAAGGAAAUCGACUACGCCUGCACCACUCUCCGUGCCGACGGAGUCACGCUGUUCACCCGCUACGGCAAGGGUCCCCAUUACCUGGGCCAUCCAGACUUUCGACCCAUUUGGGCCGAUCUCAGCCGUCGCGGUGCCGUGGUCUUCAUUCACCCAACCCAUCCGGUCGAUACGCAGCUCGUCAACACAUGGCUACCGCAGCCCAUGUUUGAUUAUCCGCAUGAGACUGGCCGGGCCGCCAUGGAUCUGCUGACCAGUGGCAUUCUAAAAGACUAUCCGGGGUGCAAGAUCAUCCUCUCCCACGCCGGCGGGACGUUGCCUUAUCUCAUCCAUCGGGCGGCUACCAUGCUGCCCUUGAUGCCACGCACGCUCGGUCUCUCGACUGAAGAGCUGGUGGAGGCUGCUCGGACCUUCUACUUCGACACGGCCAUCUCAUCAAACCCGGUCACGUUGAAGGCGCUGUUCGAGUUCGCUGCGCCCGGCCAUGUGCUCUUCGGCAGUGACUUCCCCAAUGCCCCGCAUGGCGCGAUCCAACGCUUCACGAACUUUCUGGAAGCGUAUGAGCUGCCGGAGGAGACUAGGCGACAGGUGGAUAGCGGGGCGGCAUUGGAGUUGUUUCCGCGACUGAAGGGGAUCCCGGAGAAAGCGAGGCUUUGA